AUGCCGAGACGCUCCCGGGCCUCUGUGCGCUGCCCGGACGCUGUCUCCAUGGCAACGCAGGUGCCGCGGAGCACAGCCCUUGCGGAUCCCGCCUGCCUAACCCCAGCCACUCGCCACAUCGAGCUGUCCCGGCCGCCCGUGGCAGCUGCAGCCAUGGCCCAGCGAGUUUCCGAGGGCAGCAGCGAGGAGGAGAGAUACACGGGACAGUUCUACAGGGACUAUCGCCAUGGGAAAGGGAUUUGCUACUGGCCUGAUGGUUCAAAAUUCACUGGAGCAUUUUAUCUUAGUCAUAUAGAAGGCUAUGGAACUCUGGAGUGGAAGGAUGGCAGAAAAUUUCAGGGACUGUACAAAUCUGAUGAGCGAUUUGGACCAGGAAUUGAAAGCUAUCCAGAUGGCUGUCAAGAUGUUGGCUUGUGGCUGAGAGAUCAUCUAAUUAAACUAUGCACUGAAGUACCUGGUUAUUUUUUUGUCUUGGAUUAUCCAGAACACUUCAGAUAUCUUGAUGCAAGUUGUCAAAGAAAGUAUAUUUCCGUUGACGAGGACCCAUUUCUCUGUACCUAUAAACGCCUUCCUUUUGAUGACAAGAAUAUUUUGCCUGAAGGAGUCUUUGCCUAUUCCCGUACCACAGAUCAUCUUACUUUGACUUGCACCUUUCUGGAAGAGUGUGAUGCUUCAUAUUUUCAGAAUACCUCAAAGCUGCCUGAGGAGGACCUUUGGUGCUGUGAAGCAGAGUUUGCUUCAGAUGUUAAACACAUUCUCAGUGGAGUCCGCAAUACUUAUGGGCCUCCAGGCCCCAAGGAGCUUGCUUCAGAGAAAUUAAUUCAGAAGGCAGCAAAGGGAGAUUUUGACGGGGUCUAUAAAAUUCUGCGAGAUGAGCUUGCUCAUCCAGACAUAGCAGACAAACAUGGAUACACAGCACUUGCUGCUGCUGCUGUUAGUUCCCACAAUGAUAUUGUCAAUCUUCUUCUUGAUAGUGGAGCUGAUGUGAAUAAGUGCAGUGAUGAAGGAUUAUCUGCUCUCUCUAUGUGCUUUAUUCUGUAUUAUCCAGCAGAAUCUUUUAAGGGUAAUAUUGCUGAGAGGAACUUGCACAGAUACGAGAUACAGCAGAAGAGAUGGACAACAAUCCAGCUGCUGCUUCGACGAGGUGCUGAUCCCAAUGCGUGCAGGAUACCAUCAGCCCUUCUCUUCUUUGCCGUUAAAGCUGCAGAUGCAGAAGCAGUAAAACUCCUCUUAGAAAGGGGAGCCAGGAGUGAUGUGCGCCUUCCACCGAAGUUAGGUGGUUUAACACCUCUCCACAUAGCUGCAUCUCUUCCUGGGGAAGAAGGGAUCCAAAUAACACGGUACCUCCUGCAUUCUGCUCCAGAUCUUGAUGCAAGAGCAGAAGAUGGAAAUGAGGGAUAUGGUCCAGACCAGGUAUUUCAGAUGUCUUCUUCAGUUUGUAUUUCAAAUGAAACAGGACCUCCAAAAGAGUACUUCUCCUCCUAUAGUGGUCCUGUUCCAGAAGAAGGUGGAAGGAGUGCAUUGCAUAUCGCAUGUGAAAGAGAGGAUAAUUGUGAGCAUGCCAGAGAGAUUAUCCACCUCCUCUUGAUGCAUAACGCAAAUCCAAACACACUGUGGAGUGGCCAUUCACCACUUUCCUUAGCAAUUGCCAGUGGGAAUGAUUUGGCAGUGGCUGAACUCCUCAAAUAUGGGUCUGAUCCGAAUCUACCAUUAAGCGGAACAGUAAGAAGUGCCCUCUGUACAGCUGUCAGUAUCAGAUAUGAGCACAAGAGAACAAAAGCUCAGAGGAUUGCUUUGGUUGAUAAGCUGCUUGAAGCUGGUGCGGAUAUCCUUGCACCAGUUACUCUUAGGGAAGGACGGCAAAAAGCAGUCGGAACAGCAGUUGAUUAUGCCUAUUUUGAAUACUAUCAGGACAGGAGAAUUGCUAACACACCAUACCAUGUACUGACAGCAUCCGAGCGGGAGAUUUUUCAAAAACGCCAUUCACUGAUAGAACACAUUACUGGGAAGCUCCGUGAGCGUGUCAUCCUGAAAGAGAAAGAAUGGAAUCAAGAAGAGCUGAGAAAAUCCAAGAAAUUAGAUUCAAAUAUUCGUACAUCUGCUUCAAAGAAGAAAUGGGGGAGCCAUCACAUGGAAGAAGUGAG